AUGGGAAAUUGCGCUUGCCUCGGUAGCAAACACGAGACACCUCAAGAGCCUACUGACGGCGCAGCAUCAGCGCCUACAAGGCCACCCAAGGAGACUGCUGGUGCCGCGGCUACUCAGGAUGCCUCAGCGGGAGCAGCGGCGGCGGCGAACGCAGCAGGUGCUGCUGCUGCUGAUCAGCGACAAGGUGGUGCCUCCUCGGCCACUGCUGCUGCUGCUGAUAACAGUGCCGCGAACGGUGAAGUAGCAGCAGGAGGUACUGCUCGUGAGAAGAGGGCGCCUUUCAAGUGUGAAAACGGUGCCAUAUAUACCGGUGAGUGGACAGGCAACUCUCGCGAUGGAUUUGGAGUACAAGUAUGGCCCGAUGGCGCCAAGUACGAAGGGGAAUGGAAAAGCGACAAGGCUUGUGGAAAGGGCAAGUUCACUCAUGCUGAUGGUGAUAUCUACGAUGGUGAGUGGAAGGACGACAAGGCGGAUGGUCAGGGUACUUACUAUCACGCCGACGGCAGCAAGUAUACAGGGCAGUGGAAAGAUGAUAAGCAAGAUGGCUUUGGUCGUGAGGACUGGCCUGAUGGAGCUACGUAUGAAGGAGAGUACAAGAACGGCAAGAAGGAUGGCCAUGGACGAUUCUCCUGGACGGAUAACUCUGUUUAUGAGGGCUCUUUUGUAAACAAUGACAUAGAAGGCUAUGGAACCUAUAGUUGGGGUGAUGGCCGCAAGUAUGAAGGUGAAUGGAAAGACAAUCGUAUGCACGGCAAGGGAACAUUCAUCUGGGUCGAUGGACGGAAAUAUGAAGGGCAGUACGUGAAUGACCAGAAGGAUGGUCAAGGCGUAUUCACAUGGCCGGAUGGGCGCCGAUAUGAAGGAGGCUGGAAGGCCGGCAAGCAGAAUGGACGUGGCAUCUAUCGAACGGCUAAGGGAGAGGUAAUUUCUGGUGAUACCCAAAACUAUGAUAAGCAAGAUGGCUUUGGUCGUGAGGACUGGCCUGAUGGAGCUACGUAUGAAGGAGAGUACAAGAACGGCAAGAAGGAUGGCCAUGGACGAUUCUCCUGGACGGAUAACUCUGUUUAUGAGGGCUCUUUUGUAAACAAUGACAUAGAAGGCUAUGGAACCUAUAGUUGGGGUGAUGGCCGCAAGUAUGAAGGUGAAUGGAAAGACAAUCGUAUGCACGGCAAGGGAACAUUCAUCUGGGUCGAUGGACGGAAAUAUGAAGGACAGUACGUGAAUGACCAGAAGGACGGUCAAGGCGUAUUCACAUGGCCGGAUGGGCGCCGAUAUGAAGGAGGCUGGAAGGCCGGCAAGCAGAAUGGACGUGGCAUCUAUCGAACGGCUAAGGGAGAGGUUCGAGAAGGCGAGUGGGACGACGGUCACAGAGUGCGCUGGCUAGGACCUCCUCAUGCCGCUGAAACCACCGAGGCCGAGGCCCCUAAGGAUACCUCUGCUGUAGCAGCAGCAGCUGAUGACACUCAGCAGCAAUAG